AAUGCGGGAGUUUCGCACUGCUUUGCUGUAUUGCAAGAUGAGGCUGGUUUCUGAAACAUUUCUGUUGCUGCACACUUCAACCUGCAACAACUGAUGAUAAUACAGGGAAUUCUGGGAUAGCAAAUCUGCUGACAGCAGCAUGGACAACAAAAAGAUGUUGCCUCAUUUUGUCGGGGUUGAACACCCAUCUGAAAGGUCUCAUAAGAAGAAACAUGGAUCACAAGUUGAGCAGGAGCAAAUUCAGAAAAGAACCUUCACGAACUGGAUCAAUGCCCAGCUGUCUAAGAGGAGUCCUCCAGUUACAGUGGUGGAUCUUUUCAAUGAAUUCAGAGAUGGAAGCAGACUAUUGGACUUGCUGGAGGUGUUGAGUGGUCAGAGAAUGAGCCGAGAAAAAGGAAGAGGGACAUUUCAGCACAGAACAAACAUUGAGAAAGGCCUAGCGUUCCUUACGAGGAAAUCGAUCAAACUGGUCAACAUCAGUGUCUCGGACAUCAUGGAUGGGAAGCCUUCCAUCAUUCUGGGUCUCGUCUGGACCAUCAUCAUGCACAUUCAUAUCGAAGAGUUGGCCAGCACAUUGAACUUUAGUUCUCGUCAGUCGUCUCUGGAGUCACUGGCGAGUUUAGACACUCGUUCGACCAGCAGCAGUGCCCGCAGCAGUCCGGUGCCACCCCAUGGUUCACCCCUGCACACCCGUUUCCGCGUAUCUGCCAAGAAAGCCCUGCUGCUGUGGGUCAGAGAGCAGUGCCAAAAGGCUGGUUGUACUCUGAGUGUGAAGGACUUUAAGGCGAGCUGGAGAAGUGGUGUAGUGUUUUUGGCAAUACUUCAUGCUCUGAGACCGAAUAUAGUGGACCUAACUAGAGCCCGAACAAGAACCAACAGACAGAACCUGGAGGAAGCCUUCCACAUUGCUGAAAGAGAACUUCACAUCCCCAGACUACUAGAUCCAGCCGAUGUUGAUGUUAGGGAUCCUGAUGAAAAGUCUAUUAUGACAUAUGUUGCUCAGUUCCUGCAGUAUUCUAAAGAUGCUUCUGUUUCUGAUGAGGAAAUGCAGUAUCUCACUCCUCCUCAGCGCCUCUCUCCUGUCAAUCUGCCAUCAGAAUUUACUCCUUCUAUAGCUGCAUCACCUUUAAGACAGACCUCAGCCAAUCAGAAGGCUCAGGAGGUCACAUGCUGGUUGGAUCAGGCCUAUCAGGAGCUGAUAGAGGGGUGGGACUCCACUGAAGGAGAGAGCUAUGCUGAGAGAUACCAGGUCUUCCACACCUUCAUUGUGUCUUUUAACGAGCAGCGGCGGCCUGUAAUGCCAUUACUAACAGCGAUGAAGAGGACUCCUCAUCUUAGUACAGAGCAGAAAGCUCUUAGACGAGCCUGGGAUGCUCUUGCUGAGAAGCUACGUGAGUAUAAAACAGAGCUGGACCUGAGCCUUCCAUCCCCACUGGAUACUGUAGGCCGCUGGUUAUUGCGUAUUGAAGAGGUUUUAUCUGCUGAAGAGGGCGAGCCAAUAGAUCACGCCCGAGCCGCAGAGGAGGCUCGGAAGAAACUUGAGCUACUAAAGGUGUGUUUGGAGGAGAUGCCACAUCAUAUCAAGAGGUUUAAUAUGUUUCAAAACACAAAUGAGUUUGGAGAGGCUCUGGUGCCAGCAGACAAGAUGGAAGAGAUGAAGAGAAGGUUCACCAGUGUCCGUGUAACAGCUAAAUAUCAUGGUAUUAAGCUGGAGUACCGUGAGCGCAGACACACAGUGUUAGACCUGCUGAAUCAACUCAACAUUAAACUGCGAUCUUGGAAAAGAGCCUACAUUUCCCAGGAGGCUGUUCGUGUGCUAAUGCAGGACUGGAAUGAGACUGUGAACAAACAGGAACUGGCUUCUUUGCUGGAUGGAGCCCUCCAUAGACUCAAACUAAUCGCGAACAAAUACACCAGCAAGGCUGCCUUGGCUGGAGACUCGACUCAGGUAAAUUGUCAGGUGGCUGAUCUGGAAGCAGAUGUGAUAGCGACUCUGGAGGGUGUACGGAUGGUGAGGGGAACUAUGGGACGCGUGUUGGCAGCAUGGGACUCUUACAGUGAUAUCUACACCUCAAUGCGAGCAUGGCUGGAGCAGGGUCCACAUGCCCAGCGACACGGACAGAGUACAGAGGUGACAUUAUCAGUUAUGUCAGAGUGGAGUUCCCGCCAAGCUCACCUGAAUGAGGUGGCCAACUACUUGACAGAGGUCACAGACCCACAGACAAGCCGUGCUAUUUCAGAUGAACUCUGCAAGAUAAAUCUGCUCUGGGCUGACUUUGCCAAAACAGCCCAGUUUUCUUUAGCUGAGGAGCCCAGUGCUGGCCCAUCCAGUCCUCAGACAGUUCAGUCUUUGAUAAGGGAGGCCACUCAGUUACUUAAAGAACCUGUGGAGGUCGUUUCUGGAUCACUACGUACUUACACGAAGAGAUUACAGCUUAUGAUGAAGAAAAUAAAGGAUGUGGAUCUAGAAGCCCUCUUGCCAUCUCUAGACUGCUCUCCAGAAACCCUGAGCAAACUUCAGCAAGCCAUUCCUGAAGUCCUGCAGACACUCUGUGAGGCUGAGCAGGUGUGUGAUGAGCUGCGUGUGAGUGUUAGUGGGUUGGACGGACGUCUAGCUGAACUGUUACACUGGGAGAUGGAAGCCAGAGAUCUCUAUCAGCUACUAAAGGAGGAAGCGCACAGGCAGAAGAGAGGACAAGAUCCCAGAGCACGGCUGUUGAUAUCAAGGGGUUUACAGUUAGAGGGUCAGGUGGUUAUGGAGGAACAGGAUCUGCAGGUGAUGGUCAUGACUAAUCAAAAGACUUCACCACUGCAGUAUCUCAUUGCAUCCACCAUGCAGGACAGAGUCCGCACUGCUGUUGAAAAGUCACAGGAAGCCAUAGGGAUGCUUAGCUCUUUGGGGGCUUGCAGAGACCGAAGCCCUGUUAGAGACCAGCCCCCUUCCAAGAUCUUUGUCCAAUAUCAGGAGACAGAGGAAGAGUCCCAAAAACCCUCCUUCCAGCCUGUCUCUCGAUCAGCAGCCCCUGGCCAACCAGAACCUCAGCCUGCAGUCAGGGCCAAAGUUCCAGAACAAUCUCAAAUACUCUCAGAUGUAUCUUCUAAAGCAGCAGACCUCAAGGCCCAGCAAUGUAGUCAGCCUGUGCCAAUGAUUGUUGUGCAAGAGUAUGAAGAGGAGAAAAGUAGUCCACAACCACAAAUGCAUCCCUCUGUGCAAGUGAAAGACUCUCAGUCCAUUGAAGUUAAUUCAGAGAAAGUUGUCCAUGCUCAAACAAAAAUCGACAUAGAGCAUCAUGUAGAAAGCCAGGAAUCUUUACCACAGUCUGUGACACAACAACAGACAGAAAAAGGUCCAGUAGCUGGCCAACCCUCACAGAACCUACAACAAGCAGAGUCACAAGUACAUAAUAAACAACAAUUAGCAACACAGCCACAUGUGCACAUUCAUCAACAAGAGAAAACUCAGCUUGCAAAACAGCAGAAGGUUCAACCACAAGUAUCAAUCCAGUCACAGCCUCAGGGUCAACUAGAAACACAAACACAGCAAGCUCCAAAGCAGCAGAGGAAAGUAAAGAAGUCCCAGGCACAUCUGCAGAACAGACCUUGGCUUCAACAGAGGAGUCAACCGGAAAAUGUUACUCAAAACUCAAUGCCACAGUUGGUCCCACAAUCUCAGUCAGAGCCUGAGAACAAAUGUCAAAUAAGUUCUCAAGCACCACCACAGCAUAUAGUAGCUGUUAGCUCACCUGAGGCUAAGGGACCUGCUCAAGGCACAGCACAGUCAAAAAGCAUUGUUAAGAGUGAUGAGAAACACCUGAAGCCAGCUCAGUCUGUUGCACAAGAGAAACCUCUUGUAGAAACACAAAACCCACCUCAAACUGUGCCAGCAGUUUCAGCACAACCAGUGACUCAAAAACAACCACAACAGCCAGUGACUGUUCCAAUUCAUCAACAAGUAUUUCCCCAACCUCAGCCCUCUUUAUCAACUCAAGCUCAAACAACUACACAACAAACACAAGCUACUGCACCCAUUAAGCAACAAAAGCAACCUCAAACACAGAUAGUGACACCACAGCAACCUCAAGUGAUGAUCCAGAAACAGGCACAAUCACAAUCCAUGACUCCCAUGCAACCACAGGUUAUGGCCCAAUGGCAGCCACAACAGACUAUUUCUCAGCCUCAUCCUGCAGUGCCACAACCACAAAGAUUUCCAGUGGCCCAAACAAUGCCCCAAAGGCCAGUCCAACAGUACCCAACAUCUCCCAUUCAACCACAAAUAACAAUGCAGAGACAACUGUCUCAGUCCCAGCAACCCACAAUGCGCAAUCCGACUGUAAUUACCCCUCAACCCAAAGGUGCAUCCCCCAUACAACCCAGAAUCAUCUCUAUGCCUCGACUCCAGAUGCCUGUUCAAUCUCAAACCCAAACUCAGGUCAAAGCCCAGGGAAGUGCACCACAUGUGAUUCAACCUCAGGGGCAACCCCAGUGGAGUCAACCAGGAGAUGUCACCCAAACGUACCCCAGAGUGCAAGGACCAGUUUCUGUUGCUGCCCAAAUGCAAUCACUGGCCCAUUUCCAAACUCAUUUCCAACCUCAAAGUAUCCCUCCAACUCAAUCUCAGCAGUGGUCACCAAUAAGACCAGGCAUAGUGAGCCAGACAUACCCCACUGUCCAAGUUCCAGGUCAGGUAGUUCAACCUCAACCUCAAAUGGCAGUUUACCCUAAAAUCCAGCUGCAGUCACAGCUUCAGCAGUUGCCCUCUGCUAGACCUGAAUCACCUUGGGGUCAAUCACAGAUAAGACCUCGAGGUCCAGCUCAGCAUAUAGUGCCCUCUCAGCAAUGGAGGCCUGUCAGUCCAGAGAGAGUCAGUCCAGUAUACCCAAGGGCUGAAACCCAAGGGCCCAAGGGACCACAUCCUCAGUCCCAAUAUCAAGCCCUACCAAGGCCAGCAAGCCCUCAACGUCAGUGGAGUCCAGUCCGGCCAGAACAUCAGUUUCAAGUUUCUUCCCAGACUAUGUUCCAUGGUGCUCCCCAGCCAGUAGCUCCAUGGAAUCAACCACCUCCUCAAGCUCUCAUAAGACCUCAGAAUCCACAACAGCCUCAGCAAAGUCAGCAAAAGCGGAGUUCAUCCAGGACAGAGGCCCCAUCUGCAACCCUCAUCCAAAGCCAAGUUGGCCAGGCAGAGCUUCAGUCCCAAGAUCUGACAAAGCUGCAUUUACCAGUACAGGAACCACCCCAACAGCAGUCAGCUCCUCGGGUUAAGCAGCCAGCACUUGCCCAGGCUCCCCCUCAAGCCUACACUGAGGCUUAUAUAAAGGCACAGGCCCUGGUUAGGGAUAGAUUUGAGGAAGCCAAGCAUUGUCUUCAAGAGCACAUUAUAGAAGCCAUCAAUGUAUUCAAGGACAAGAGAAUGAUGGACGAACAGGCAUCAGUUAAGGAGGAGACGCUUCGGACUCUUGACCCUGAACUUGUUGAAGAGUUCUUGAGGGCUGCGGAAGGGAUGGAAGCUUUCUGCACCCCAUCUGAACUUAGAGACAUGGAGUUUUUCACACAAUCUGUUAGAACACAGUGGAAGGAUGUUCGAGUGCAAAUAUCAGAAUUUUUGAAGCAACUCAGAUUUGAGUUAACCCGCCUGCAUUUUAACCAUAUGGUUAAGACAUGUGAGAUACACUUUAAGAAGGAAAAACUCAACCAUAGGCCUGAAUCAAUAUCAGAAUCAAAAGAAGAGGCUUGUUUGUCUGCAGAAGGCAGUCUGGCAGAGGCAGGACAGCAGCUAGAAGCUCUGAAGGAGUUGUGUGAUACUCUUAGCCCUGAGGACGCACACAGGCUCGCACAAGCCCAACUUAGAGAAUGUGAGAGACGGCUUGCUGCCAUCCAGCGGCAGUUCAGUGGAGACACAGAUACACCUCCUUCAGACACUAGUUUACAAACAGAGCAAACAAAAGAGCCACCCAAUCAAAAACCACCAACAGUCCCACCACCACCUGAGAAGCUCAAAGAGGUUAUUGUUUCAGAGGCUGUUACACCGAUUAGCCCCCAGCGACAGAGAACUGUGGAGAAGAGAGAGAUAGUGAAACAAAUGAGUACAGAAGAGGACAGGUACCGCAGCUCCAGAUUUGCAUUACAGGCUCAGCUAAAUAGAAAUGAGCAAUGCAUGCUUGGAGAUCGUACCUCAGAAUCAGUCACUCCCACAGACCUGCAGAAACGACUGAGAGAAUUAAAGUCUCUGUGGGACGAGACAGAGUCUCUGUGGAAGGAGUAUGAAGUGUUGUGUAUGCAAUGUGUUCAGUACAACGAACGAGCUGUUGAGCAGGACCGUAUGGAGCUCACUGUCAGGUGGAGAGAGCAGAGGUCACAGUUACAGGGCAGGGUGGAUUCACUGGGAGCAGCACUUGAGCUCAUGGACUCUAUUAAGCUGAAGAUCUCUGAGAUUUCUAAAAGGCUGGAAAAUUUCAUCAAAGAGCCCAAAGAUAUUAAGGGAUAUACACUAGCUAACCCUGCCAUUUUGAGAGAUGUGAAGGACUUAGAUGAAAGUAUCCAGACAGAGAUGGAUCAUCUGUCUCGAUUCGACUCUGAGCCCAGUCAUCUAGACUUGCGUGACCGAUCACCUCUGACCCAGGUGGUUCUGAACCACAGAUCCAGCCUGGACCGGCUCAGGCAACAGGUGCGCAAGAGUGACGCCGCUGCCCGUGCCCUCGACCGCUUCCUCAUGUCCCUGCGCACUGUGGUGCUCGAUGUCUCUUCUGUGCAAAGCACCCCCAGCAAUGAUGCUGUUGUACUGCAGGACAGCAGGUCCAAGCUGACACUAAUCAGAAAGGGAGUCAGCAGCCUCAAGGAUAAGGCUCCACAGCUGGACCAGCUCUUGGGUGGAGCACAGCUCAAAGUGACCCAGGACGGGAGCCCUGUUUCCUGUCUGGACAUGGUGGGGGUACUGGUUCACAGGGUGGAAGAGGCAGACGAUCAACUGAUGAUUCAACAGAAUGAGCGCCAGAAGGAACAGCAGAACCAGAGCCUCGGCCUAAGGAAGAAGACUAUCCAGGCUGAGUUAAGGAAGGUGCUGGCGGCAGCAGAAAAACAGGGUCUAAAGGAACCCACUAUGCCAGCUGUGCAACAUCGGAUGCGAGCACUGUCCGAUCUGGAAUCGCAACUGAACUCUCUUCUCCCUGAAUACCAAAGCAUCAAGAAGGCUCUGUCUGAAGUCUCUCCACAGAAAGAGCACCCUCAUCCAGCAAACGAAGAGCUUGACUUCCUUUGGGAAGAGACUGAAAGAGCUGUAUCUGACAGACAAGAGCAGUGCACUGUUCUUAUGGAACUCCUGAAGAAAUUUCAGAACUGUCGCAGUUACCUGGGCAACACUCUCCAGAGGGCGGAGCAAACAAUCAAUGAGCAGGCUUCAUACAUGGGCAAAGACAACCUACAGCGACUCCUUGCAAAAGUCGUUGGCAUAAAGGAGGAUCUUAAUAGCCUCGGACCCAAGAUGGAGGAGUCCAGAUCUGUGUGCAGACAGUUGCAGUCCCAGCUAAAGAAAAUUCCUGAUUGCUCAGAAACUCCAUUUGAGACAGAGGCAGAUGCUUUGGUGGACUCAUGGCUGGAUGUGUCAGAGAAGACAGACAGUUGCAUGGAUAACCUGCGUGUGGGUCUGGAGUUGUGGGAGAAACAGCUGGUUCUGGGUGGAGAAGUAGACAGCUGGACUUCUACUAAACUCAUUAUCUUCUCAGAGUCUCACCCUUUCAGCAGUGAAACGGAGGUUGACAGCAUGAAGAAUGAGAUUCAGUGCCAGGAGGACAACCUUGAACACUUCCAUAGGAAGUUACUGGAGAUCCAGGAACUGCUGCAGAGCAAAGAAUCUCCUCUUGAGUUACAGGUAAUGGAAACCAACCUGAGGAAGAAAAUGGAGCAGGUGAAGGAACUCUUCUCUGACUGCACUGAAGUGUUCCAGGAGCUCCUCACAGUUAAAGCUCAUAUAAUAGAAAAGAUUGACACCUACCAAUCAUCUGUGAAGAAUAUACGCUCCUCAGUAGACAUGAUCAGUUCAGAGGAUCGCGCAGAACUGGAUGCGCAUUUACAGGACUUGUGUGAGCAGCUUUUGGACCAGGAGGAGCAGGCUGAAACUUUGCUGAAGGAAAUCAAUCUCAUGUCCAGCAUUACUGGACCUCAGGCCUUGGAGGAGCUGACCAAUCAUAGUAAGCGUCUCAAAGACAGCACUGCGGAAACACGAGAGCUGAUUCUCCAGAAGAAGGAUCAAGGGGAGAAAAGCUUCUUUCAGACUAUUAAAGAAGAGUUUCAGUCAUUUGAGGAAUGGUUGCAAGAUGAGCAGCUCUCUGUGAAUGAGUGCUUUGAGAACCCUGAGAGGAAGCAGGAUAUAGAAACGUCCAUGCAGAGACUGACAAGUUUCCUGGCAUCUAAGGAAGGAGAACAGCGUCUGGCUCAGUUGAAAGAGAGGUUUGAGCAAGGGGGACAGGCAAAGCUCCCUGCUGAGGCUCAAGCUUUGCUCUCCACAUGGCAUCAGGAACAGGAAGGAGAACUGGCCACACUCAGGGCUCACUGCCAAGGACGCCAUAAACAGCUAGAUGAUAUCCUCCACAACCUCAACAGUUUGCAUGAGGAACAUAACCAUUUGAAGGACUGGCUGCAGCAGAGAGAGCAAGUGCCAGAACAGAGAGAAAAACUGAGGCAUAUCCAAGAGGAUUUUCUUAAAGAAAGCGGUCGUGUGGAGGCAUUCAAUGACCUGUUAUCUGCUGUAAGGAUGCGUGGCCUGAGGGGAGACCCUCUCCUUGGAGACUGCGAGACCCUGAUAGACCGAUACCACAGCCUGGGGAUUCUUUUGGAGAAUCAGGCACAAGUCCAUAAGACCCUUGAUGAUCAAAUUGAAACAUUCCAAACCAAUGCAGAACAGAUCAGAGCCUGGAUCAGAAAUUUAAAGCAAAGACUUGAGUACUUGGGGACAGACAUGCCAAUGCAGGAAAAACAUGUAAAUGCUCAGGCUGUUCUUAAUCUAAGUCCUGAGGGUGAUGCUAAACUCGUGGCUCUGAAAGAAGAGGGUGAUGCUUUAUGUGCUCAUGAGAUUUUGGAGGACACCAGAAGACAGGAGCUCAUUCACACCCUUGAAAACAUUGAAGAUGAGUGGAAAAGAGUUCUGGAUAUGGCUCAGCAGCUAAAACAUCAAGCAGAACUCCAAGACACUCUCUGUAGAGAACUAGAGGAUCUACAGGCCCAGAAAGAGAGCAUCCAGUCCUGGGUGAGAGAACAACUGCAAAUGCUUCGCUCUUUGGGGAAGGAGCUUCAGCCACAUGAAAACCUUAAUAAAGUGCAGGCUGUCAUAGAUCUUGGUGAUGAAGCCGAUUCCAGAUUGGCCAGUUUACAGAGACAAGGACAACAUUUAUGUUCUUAUAAAGAGCUUGAGAAUGAGAGGAGGAGCCACAUUGACCAAACCCAGAGAGCAGUAGAGGAGGAGUGGAGGAAAGUGCUACAACUUGCCCAGGAGCUCAAGAACCAGGUCAAGCAUGAGGAAUCUCUCUACAGAGAGUUACAAACUUUCUGUGAUCAGGGAGAGGACACUCGAUCCUGGAUUAGACAUCUCAGAGAGACCCUGGAUUCCCUUCUUGUGACAUCUUCCAUUCAAGAGAGGCUUAAUGGAGCUGAGGCACUAUUAGCUCAUAGAUCUGAGUGGGACUAUAAACUUUCUAACCUAAAGACGAAGGGAGAGAAUCUAUGUUCCUGUGAAGAUCUAGAUGAGGACAAACGUCAGACAAUCCAACACACAUUACAAAAUGUACAGCAAGAGUGGAUGGGAGUUUUGAUGCAGACUCAGGAACUGAAGAACCAAUCAGAACUUGAGCAGUCUCUUUCUAAGGAUCUUCAAGAACAGGAGGAGAGCACACACUCUUGGCUUACAGAGCAGCAUCUGAAGAUCGAAUUGCUCGGUGAAGAGACUCAGUUACAAGAGAGAAUGAAUGGAGCUCAGACCAUCCUGAACUCAGAAUCAGAGGGGGAUUACAAGCUAGCCAACCUGAGGAGGAAAGCAGAGGUUUUGUGCUCUCGAGAAGGCCUGGAGGAGAAAAGAAAACAGGAAAUCCAGCUGAACCUGAGAUCAAUUGAAGAAGAAUGGAAAAAGGUCCUGGCAAGUGCUCAAGAAUUAAAGAGCCAGGCUGAGCUCCAGGAUUCUCUUGCUAGGGAGCUUCAGAAUGUCUGUACCCAGGAGGAGAGCACCUGGACCUGGGUGAAGAACCAGAAAGAUUGCCUGGACUCACUGGGAAAAAGUACUCAUGGUACACAGGAGCAGAUUGAAGAGAGACUAAGCAAAGCACAAGCAAUUCUAAGUCUGCACUCUGAGGGCAACUCUAAGAUUGCAGCCCUGAAACAGACUGUAGACCAUCUUUUUAACCGUGAAGAUCUUAAUGUAGAUGCAAGACAUUCUUUUGUUAAGAAAAUUAAAAAUGUGGAGGAGGAGUGGAAGACAACACUGCAGCAAGCACAGGAGCUGCAUAGUCUGCUGAAAAGUGUAGUGGAACGUCUGGUGUCCUGUCGGUGUCAGAAGGAACAGCUUCAGUCUCGUCUGGAUCAGGUGAAACAGCAAAGAGCUGCACUGCCAUGGCACUUCCCCUGGCCUGGUUUAGGGGAUCGAAGGCACACAUUGGAGCAAGCCAAGAGUCUGCUAGACCGUACCAGAGCCCUGACCCCAUCUCUGUCUGCUGUCCGAGCGCUCGGGAGGGAGAUGAGCCAGCUGACCCAUGAUUCCAGCUGGAUUGAUCCAUCCUGGGCCACCACAGAGGAGUGCAUACCUGAGUUAAUCAAAGAUCUUACGGAGUUUUGUGUAAAUCUCGAAGAGGAAAUCCGGCGAGAGCGAGUUUGUGCUCAGUUAGUUGAGCAGCACACUGUAGCACAGGAUUGGCUGAGAGAGCAAGUCAACGGUUUCGGUGCUCUGCCCACUGAACGUCAUGGGUUACAAAGCUCUAUUAACACUCUUAAGGCUCUUCUUCAGACCAUAGACAGGGAGAAGAGAGAAAUGAAAGAACUGGAUACUGUUAAAGAUUCCCUGAUGGAUCUUAGCACUGCAGGAGGUUGUGAUGCCCUGACCUUAGAGGUCAGCCAUCUUCAUGACCUCUGUGUGUCCUCGGAGAAAGAGAUGAGGGAAUGGUUAGCUGUGUGUGAGGCCAGAUUGAGUGACAUUGACCUCAGGCUUGCUGGCAGGGAACAGAUUCUCAGGGAGCAAGCAGAGAGUCUCCUAGAUGAGCUGUGUGCUCAGGACCACUCUUUAGGAUUUCUGGUGGAUAGCCAGAAUAUCAGCCAGCUACAGGAAAACUGGCAUAGCUUCAAGACAUGUGAGAGAGAGCUUGAGUCUUUAGAGGGCAAUGUUCGCGACCUUGGCCAGGCCCUCCAAAUGGUCCCACCAGAUGAGGGACCCCCCAGUGAUGUCAUUUCUAUAGUGGACACAGUUACACAACAAUAUUGCAGUCUGCGGUCAAAACUGUUGGAAAAGCAGAAUAAGUGCGCAGACAGCACUGUGCAGUGUGUGAGACAGGCCUUACAAAACAUACAGUCAUGGAACCAGACACAUGCAAAUCCUCCCUGCAGCUCAGCCACAUCCAUGCAGGCUGCAAUUGAGGAAGGUGUGAGACUGUGUAAAAGCCUGCAGGUAGUGCUGUCCCAUAAAGAACUGCUGAGGGAAUGUCUGGGCCCUGACUUGGCUGGCAAACUUGAAAGAGAUGGAACAAAAGCACUAAACGAAGCAGACAUUCACAUGAAUGACCUUAAACAGGAGCUUAAGAAUGUGGAGGAGAACGUGAAGCAGGAAGCUCAGAUGUUGUCACUGGAAGCUCAAAGCAUUCAGCUGGAUUCACAGGUUUCUGCUGCGACACCAUCAACAAAGGAGUCUGAACAGUCAGAAUUUGUUUCUUCUUUAUCGUUUAUCACGGAGAGCUUUGAAUUGACAGAUGACAGUCAGCAGGCUAAGGUACAACCAUCUGAAAACCUUGACAGCGAGAUCCCUCUAUGUGUAAUCUCAGAAACUACAACUGAAACAGAAAUUCACGCUGCCAGAAAAUCACGACAAACAUUAGAGACUGAAACGGAACAGAUUGAUUUCCAAACAACUGUACUAUUAACCACAGAGAUGCUACCUGAACCAGCAACAGGAGUAUAUGAAUCUGCUCUUCCUACAAGCAGCCAUGGUGCAAAUGAAACUGAAAGUGAGAAUUUUGUUUCUGUUUCUUUGGAAACAAAGUCUGAUAAUGAUGAGAUUGCAGAUGAAAAGAUGCCCAUUUCUUCAUCUGCAGCUGUCCACAGCUUGGAAACCACAGUACAAGACACAGACUUGGAAUUACUCAGCACUGAGAGUCUUAGCACAGAAGGACAAGUAAGCCAGUUGUCUGAUGUAAUUGUGAGUUCAGAAUCUUUUGCUGAUAGAGCGGAGGGUGAGAAAAUUGAAGCAGUGACUGCAGAGCCAGAUAAAGAGGAAGAUGUCUCAUAUAUUUCACUUUCUCAAGAGGAACCUUGUGGAGAAAGUAAAGCACAGGCCAAAAAGGUUACUGCGCUCAUUUUAGAUUUGGAUACAGUGCACAUAGAUAGUGUAUACACAUACUCCCACACACCCACAGAUGGUGCUACAGUGAAAGCAGCAUCUGCUAGUGCUCUUUUAAAUGAGACGACACUGGGCAAACAAGAUCAUGAAACACUGGCCCCUCCAGAAGCUGAAAUUUCUGAAGUAGCCAUAGAACUAAUUAGCAUCCCAUCUUCUCUUAAUGAGCCAUGUAUGGUGAAUGUUUCAGAAAUUAGUUCAGCAGUAGAACCAGAACAGUCACAGCUCAUCGAUAUAGACACUAAUGGACAAAUGCAAACAACAGCAGCUCCACCUUCUGAAACACAACGUAGUGAAGAUGCUGCUUCCAGAGGUAUUGGAACAUUUUCUUGGAACAAUGGACCAAAUGCUGCAAUUGCUGACAGAGAGAGCAACUGGACCACAAAUAAUGGCCCUCGUGAAAUCCAACGCCGAUAUAUUAUUCUAGACUUCCAUGAGGGGGAGGAAAUGCAGAGACAUCAUGCUCAUGAAGCUUCUCUUUUCAGGGAACCCACUGAGAGACAGAUUCAGGGAUCAGAACAUUCAGUAUCAGAAAGAAUGGAGACAGAAUGUGAUGCUAAAACAGAAUCAGAGGUCAUAGCCAGUAUAAACAGACCUUUAGAAGCAUCCGAGCAAUCUGAACUGGUUGAAGCAAGCCUAAAACUACCAACAAGGCAAGUUGGAGAAGUCAUGCAUUUCAUUGUAGAAGAAGAGACAAAGAAGACCCCAUCAGGUGAUAAAAUGCAAUUCAUAGAAGUUGAUCCUAAACGUAAACCUCCAAUCAAGCAACAAAAUGAGGUAGAAACUGAGGUCCAACAAACAAACAAAAUGCAUGUCUCAACAACAGUAGAGGAGAAACCCGAAGGUGAAGAAGCCAUUGACAUCAUUUUGGGAGAAGAGACAAAGACCCAAUCAGAUGGUAAAGCACAAUCCAAAGAAACUGAACCUGAACUGACACCUCCAAUCAAGCUCCUGGUUGACUGGGACACUGAGGUACAACCUGAAAGAAUUAAUGUCUCAUUAACACCAGAGGAGAAACCUGAAGUUGUAGAAGCCGCUGAUGUGAUUGUAGAAGAAGAGAUGAACAAGACCCCAUCAGGUGAAAAAGCACAAUUCAUGGAAUAUGAACCUAAAAUGACACCUCCUCUCAGGAGAAAUGACAAUAAAACUGAUGUCCAGUCAAACAAGGUAAAUGUCUCAACACAAAAGGAGAAAGCUGAAGGUGAAGAGGCUGUGGAAGUCAAUGUAGAAGAGGAGACAAAGACAACAUCAUCAGAUAAUAAAGCACAAUCCAUAGAAGCUGAACCUGAACUGACACCUUUAAUCAAACAACAGAAUGACCAGAAAACUGAGGUCCAGUCAGACAAGGGGGAUGUAUCGCCAGAGGAGAAAAUUGAAUGUGAAGAAGCCUUGCAUGUCAUUGAGGAACAGAAUGACUGGGACACCGAGGUACAGUCUGAAAGAAUUAAUGUUUCACUGACACCAGAGGAAAAACAUGAAGUUGUAGACACCGCAGAUGUCAUUGUAGAAGAAGAGACAAACAAGACCCCAUCAGAUGAAAAAGCACAUUCCAUAGAAGCUGAACCUAAACCGACACCACCAGUCAGGCGAAGAAACGAAAAUAAGUUUGAUGUCCAAUCAAACAAGGUGAAUAUCUCAACAACAUCAGAGAAGAAACCUGAAGGUACAGAAGUUAUCACUGUCAUUGUGGAAGAUGAGAUAAAGAUGACUCCAUCAGAUGAUAAAGCACAAUCCCUAGAAGCGGAAACUAUACUGACACCACCAGUCAGGCAACAAAAUGAGGGUGAAACCGAUGUCCAAUCAAACCAGGUAAAACUGUCAACAACAUCAGAGAAGAAACCUGGGGAUACCAUGCAUGUCUCUGAGGAGGCAUUGGUUGAUAAAAUGCAGUCCAUAGAAGCUGAGCCUAAACCAACGCCACCAGUCAGAAGACGAAAUGAGGGUGAAACUGAGGUUCAAUUAGAUAAGGUGGAUGUCAUACCAACACCUCCCACCAGACGACGUAAAGGUGAAAGGUUAUCGUUAGAUACUGAAUCACAGAUAGAGGGAGAAGUUCUUCCCACCCCACCAAGCAGAAGACAUAGAGAGAAAAUAGGAAUUGAGAGGUAUUCACUUGAUUUAGAGUCCCAACCCACACCACCAGCAAGACGACGUAAAGAAAAAGAAGAUAGAAGAUUAUCACUCGAUCUGGAGACCCAACCCACGCCACCAGCAAGACGACGUAAAGAAAAAGAAAGUAGUAAAAUAUCACUCAAUCUGGAGACCGAACCCACACCACCAGUGAGACGACAUAAAGAAAAAGAAGGUAGUAAAUUAUCGCUCAAUCUGGAGACUGAACCUACACCACCAGCAAGACGGUGUAAAGAAAAAGAAGAAAGUACAUUAUCACUUGAUCUAGAGACCCAACCCACACCACCAGCAAGACGACAUAAAGAAAAAGAAAAUAGUCAAUUAUUGCUUUAUCUGGAGACCCAACCAACACCACCAGCAAGACAACGUAAAGAAAAAGGUGAAGAUAAAGGAUUAUCAAUUGAUCAGGAUCCUCAACCAACUCCACCAUCAAGAAGACACAAGGAUAAGCCAGAGAGUGACAUGUUAUUUUACAGUGCUGAAUUAGGAAAAAGUGAUAAUCAGCAAACCAGUGAACAUAAAGACAGGGAAGAGCACACUGUUAAACCAACUCCACCUGUCAGAUGCAAAAUUAGUCAGGUUGAAAGUGAUGUGGCAGUUUGCAAAAACCAAGAAGAGAAAGAGCCCUUUGUGAAACCCACACCACCAACAAGAAGGAAAGAUAGCAAAGUUGAGAGCGAAAUUGUCGCAGGUGCUUCUAACCUGAAAGAAGAUACUAGCAUACAUAAACCAACUCCACCUCUGAGGCGAAAAGACAGCCAAGCAGAAACUGAGAUGGCUCGAACUACACCUAAAAGUCAACCUGAGGAAGUCCUUCCAACUCCACCGACCAGGCGAAAGAAAGAUCAAAUAGAAGCUGACAGAGUUCCAUUAAUGCCAGAAGAGCCACAGGUCAUAUCAACUCCAACAACCAGCGACAAAGGAAGUUCAUGGAAUGAAAAGGUUUCUAUGUGUGCAAGACUGGAAUUGGAAGCAGAUGCUGAAGCAAUAACUAAACAGGAAGAUAAAGAUGAGUCUGAUACAAAGUCAUUGGUUGGUCAGGAGCAGCAAGAGGAGAGGCAGGACUCUACUUUGGUCCCAGAACCCAUAAGUGCAAUCAGUCAGACAGAGAGCGUCAGUGAGAUGCAGCCACAAGAUCAAGAUGUGGAUGUUUCUCCCCAAGUUGGUCUUGCGGCUGAAAUCACUGAGAGUCAAGCAGAGGAAGAUAGGGAGCCAGAGGGACCCACAAUGAGGGAUAUAUUUAUGGAUAUCAAAAAAAUGACUGAAAAGGGACCAAAAAGUGUACUCAUGGAGGGUAUACCUCAUGAAAGUACAAAGAAACUUCUUGACACUUCCAGCACUGAUCUUGAAGCUCGGUUAAAAAGGCUAGUGUUCCAUUUACUGGACCUUCGAACUUGCCCAGCUGCUCUGAAUUCCAAAGACAUGGCCAAACAACUAGAAGAGGCUGAGGAAUGUAGAAGGUGUGCCCAGAGACAGGUAUCUAUGCUGUCUAGGCAAGACCAGGCCAAUGGAGACAUUGGCAGUGGCACUAAUGGCACAGUUCAUGACCCUGAGGGUAUGCAACAGCUGAGUGCCCAGUGGAGUGCAGCUUUGUGGGAUGCAGCAAGCUCUGUUCACUCCAAAGAAGCUCAACUACAGAUGGUUGCAGAUUUCAACAGACAGACCCAGAAAGUCAAAGCUAUUCUGGAGAGACUCAAAAUUGAGCGUGCGGCACUGAGAUUCUCUCCAGCUGUGAGCAGUUUUGCUGAGGAGGAAAGGCUGUGCUCUUUCUUGAGAAAUAUGGAGCAGGAAAGGACAGCUCUCGGUGAGUUAAUUCAGACUCAUGCAAAACUGUCCCCCCACCUCAGUGUGCCUGAGAGACAAGCAGCGGAAAUACAGCAAAACAAUUUGCAAAGCCAGUGGAGGGUGCUGGAGAAGGAUGCAGAGAUUGCUCUUUACAUGGCUAAUGCUCAUGCUAAAGAAAUCAGCAGCCUCAUUCAAGAGGUCGGUGCCUUAAAAGACCAUCUCGAGAACAUUCAGAAGACCUUGGAUGCAUCGAAAUCCUCACCAGUUUUAUGGGAUGGCAAGAGAGCUCAAGAAAUUAUGAAUUUAAAUGCUGAUCUCAUUUCCACCCAUCAGCAGUACCUCUACCUUCAGCAGACCUCUGAGGCACUUUCCCAGGAAUUCCAAUUCAAUGCAGAGAUAUUCAGCAUAGAGCAGGAUCUUCAGUAUAUAAAAGAUCAGCUGAAUCAAAUGGGUGAACAGUUAGCAGCUUCAACCCCUAGCAGCAGCAACUCAACGUUAAGUAAAAUUGUUAAGGUGAUGACAGAUGCUCUGGCUUGGGCCAAGCAGACAGAAUGUGAUGUCAAAGGACGACAGAAAAAGGUGUCUUUGCUUCCAGAAGAAGUUCAUCGACAGAUUAAAGAUUUAAAGAAAUUGCAGUCUGAGAUGAACUCGAAGCAAACCCAGUUGAAGUCUUUGGUUGAGGAAGUCACUGAGCUGAUUUGUGAUCUAGAUGAAGCUGAUGUUUCGAUGGUGACCUCAUCCUUGAAGGUCCUAGAGAAUUUGUCCAAAUCAACAGCAGGAAAACUGGCUGAGGCAGUUCGCGGGAUGGAGUCAGGACUUCAGACCCAGGAGAAGAUGUCAGAGCAGAUAGCAGAUGUUGAUUCCUGGGUGGUUGGUCAUCUGCAGAGGGAAGCUUUGAGGAGAGAAGAUUAUCAAAGUUUGAGUGUGGCAGACCUGGAUCGCAGGUUGAGGCAGAUCCAGGACACUCUUGGAGAGGCAGAAAAGCACUCCGCUGUCACUGAAGCCCUUCUGAUGAAAAGCAGAGACAUUGCAUCCGAGCUAAGUGUCACAGAGAGUACUAAGCUCUAUGAGAAACUCACCAACCUUCAAGAGGACAUCAGAAGUAUUAUUAUCUAUGAGAAGGCAUGUUGCCAGAACGUUAUGGAUGUUAUACAGAGCCAAGAAUCCUCUCAGAGGAAGGUGUCAUCUCUCGAGAACAGCCUGAGACAAAUGUUAGUUGAUGUAAAAAGACACAGGUUUCCUGUAACCAAGGAUACCCUCUCUGUCAUUGAACCCUUCAAACAGAUGCUUGUGGAGCGCAAAUCUCAGGUUGAGCAAGUCAGUCCUUGUUCAGAGGACAAGAGAAGAGAGCUGUUAUGUGUUAUUACUGAACUGUACCACAAAAUUAUUGAUUUGGAUCUCAAAUCACAAGCUCAUGAAAGGUACUUGAGCCUCAGUCGGUGCACUGAAGAUGUUAAGGAAGAAAUGGAGGCUCAGAUCCCAAGGACCAAAGAUGAGAGCAUCAACAAAGAGGAACGCUACAGAGCCUGUCAGGCCCUUCUGAUCCAGAUCUCUUUAGUAAAACACUUGUGUGAGGAAACAAUGGAUGAACUGCAGGAAAUCAUAGGAGAUCUAUAUCCAUCUCAGCUCUCUGCUGAACAAACAAGACUCAAACAAAUACUGGAAAGUCUUAAAACCUCAGAAAUGGCAGUGAACAAUAAUCUUCAGAUAUUGGAAUGGGAUCUGCUAAAACAUAUUCAUUAUCCAUCAGAAAAAAGAGCACUUCAGCAAUUCCUCAAAGAAACCAAUGAGGAGCUGGAAAAGCCUUGUAGUAUUGAACCAAAAGAGGCAGUGAUUGAAAAACAACUAAGAAAGUGCCUUGUACUCAGAAAGAAUGUAGGAUCUAGAAUGCGAGUGCUUGAGUUUCUUGAAAAAAAAAUUGGCGCUCAACCUCCACAGGACUCCAAACAGCUUACUUGCUUGAAGGAUAUGGUUUUGGAAAAGUGUGAUCAACGAAUGGUGAGCCUAACUAAAGCUAAAGAACUGCUGAGGAACUACACCAAAGCAGUGACCGAUACCAUUAGGUUCCUCCGAAGAGCCACGUUGGCCCUCCUUCCCUCAAUCUGCUCUGCUAGAAGCUGCUCAGAAAGACUAAUAGAUGCACGACAUGCUUUACUGACUCUAGACACAGAGUUCCAGUCACAUGUUUCACAGCUUCAAGCUCAAACCCCACAAGAUCCCUGCUUCAAGCCACAGAAGAUUGAAUUUCUACACACAGAGGUUCUAGGCGAGCUCCUGGUCAGGCUAUCGACCCUUAAGGCCCAGGCUCAAAUUAAUGUAGAAUCUUUGAAGAGGUGUGUUGAGUGGCAGAAACAUUCUCGUAAGUGCUACGAGGAGCUUUGCCAGCAAGUGAGAGACUUAGAAACAUUGCUAUCACAGUGUGCUUCCAAAAAAAUUACUUCACACAAAGACUGCAAAGACCAGCAACAGAAACUCAAGGCUCUAGUGGAAGAGGUUGCCAUGCUUCCUGGAAAACUGGAGAAUCUGAGAGAGUGGUGUUCAUUGUAUGGGUGCAGAGCCAACAGGGAGGAUGCCGUGAGCGCUGUCUGGGGUCAGGUGGCAAGACUGCAGCGCUGUGGCAGUGACCUGCAGACACGCUCAGAACAAAUGGAAGCAGAGUGGAGCAGUGUCACAAGGAGUGUGGAGCAGGCAGCCACUGUGUUGGAGCAGGUGGAUGCAGAACUUCCAGAUAGCAGCAGAGAGAAUCUGACUGGUGAUGAGCUACAGGAACUACUGCUCUUCUGGUCCCAGUACCAGGACAGACUGGACUGUGAACACAGAGCUCUCUCUGCUUUGGAAUUAAGAGCUGCAAGGGUGCUUGGUGUUCCCCCCCACCUGGAACAGGCCCCAUCCUUUGAGCUGUGCCAAGAGCUUCAAGCCUUGCAAGAGCGUUACCAUAGUCUAAAGGAACGGAGCUCUCAGGGUUUGAGGGCAGUAAGAACAGAGGUGGAGGAGAGGGAACGAGUGCAGGAGCAGCUGGAGGGAGUCAGAGAAUGGCUGGAAUCUGCAGUCUCUCUCCUCGCUGUACUGGAGCACGAGCCCAGCAAGAAGCAACUACAGGAGGUUCACUCACAGCUGUGUACCCAGAAGGCCGUUCUGCAGCGUAUUUCGGAAAGCUUGAAGAUGAUGUACUCUGAAAAAAAUACAUCAAUUCCAGAGGAGAUAGAGGGACUAUUACAGGAAGUCUCACAGUCAUUACAGGAAGUGGAGGAACAGGUGAAGACCGCUGUGGAGAAAAGUGGCCCACUUCACAGGCUGGGUGCUAAAAUCUCGGAGAUUAAAGCAGGUCUGGGAUCAGUUCAGAGCUGGUUAGAGCAGAAGAGCCUGAACUUCAGUGAAGCUGAGAGCACACAGAAGCGAGUGUGGGAUGAGUUGGAUGGUUUACAUACUCGUCUGACAGCGGUCAAGGUGGAGUUACAGGAUGUGAGUGAAAUGCAUCCAGAUGAGACCCGUCUGUUAUUAGACAACCUGGCCAACACUCAUCAGACCCACACACGCCUCACCAAACAGGCCGAACAGAGGACCGCCUUCCUCAGCAAGGUCCGUGACUGGCUGCAGGAGCAGGAGGAGAUGGUGAAGGGGUCACAGAGCUGGAUCUCAGAGGCUCAGUCUUGGCUUACAACACCCUGCACAUACACCACUGCCAGAUGCCUGGACAGUCAUGUGAAUGCACUGCAGAUGGUUCUGGAUGAUUCUGCUCAGAUGAGACGGACUUUGCAGGGUUUCGGCAGUGUGCUGACAGAGAUGGGAAGUGUGUUUGAUGUCAGUCCAUUAGAGGAGCAGCUCUCAAAUGCUGAUCGACGUGUGGCAGACAUGCAGCACAACCUGCUGGGGCCUCUCUCUCAGCUAGAGGAUGCAGCAGCAGAAGUGGAUGCCAUUGAGUCAGAGGUGAAAGUCAUGGAGAAAGAUGUGGCCAAAAUCAAAUCUACUCUGACCACCAAAGAAGACAUCAGUCAGAACAGUCUUAAGGCAACAGAAGAAAGGAUUGACCUGAUGAAAAGGACAGUCACUGAGAUUCAGAACUGUAAAGAUGGUCUGUGUCUUCCUGACAAAGCUGAAAACACACUCCUAGUGUUCAAAAAAGUAGAACUACUACAGAAACAACUGCUGGAACUUGAACAGCUGGCACUAGAAUACUCGAUUGAGGUACAGGAGACAUCUGUCCCAUCUCUCUGUGUCACACCCCUCAAUGCGCCGCCCCUCAGUGUUCCACCCACAAUCACUGAGGAAGACACACAGGAGAGUGGUCAGAUUCAGAUUGUGCACGUAGAGGAGGACAUCCUGAAAAAGUCAGGAGCAACGCUGAUGACGGUGGAGCAAUCCACACUGGAGCAGAGACUCACCUGGAUCUCUGAUAGAAGCAGCCACACCCUCACAGAAACACAGCAGGAGUCUGAGGAAGAGCAGGAGCUCUGUGAAGAUCCAGGAGAUGGAGAGGAAGAUGCUUCCGAUGAAGACUAUGAAGAUUGCAUAAAAAAUCAGAAUGAGGAGGCAAGAGGAAGAUCACCAACCUCUCUGAAUUCCGAGGCUUCCUUCAGCAUGACUGUGGAGGACACCGUUUCUGCAGACGUGGUCUCUUCUACAGAACAGAUUUUGGAGCAAGCAGAAGCAGCAGACUCAAAGGUAGAAGUAGAUACCUCUGUGGCCUCAGGAACAGGUGUGUCAGAAGCUUUAUCUGAAGCAGAUGCCACAGUGGAAAGCCAGUCUCUCCCUGCAGACAUGGUAACCAAUACCUCCUCUGUUACAGAGAUCUCCACGUCCCCUUCCAGAGGCCAGCAGAGGUGUUUGAAAAAUUCACACUUGCUCGUCUCUCUCUUUCUCUGUCUGUGUCAGGAGCAGGGUGCAUGGAGGGGGGAACAGACGCCACACACCAAUUACAAACUCACACUGACACACAUGACACAGAAACAUUCAGAGUCACAAGCCCCACCCACCGAAACAAAAGACAUGUACACCUUACCUAAUGUCAUGACCUCUGAUGAAGGGCUGGGUGAUUCCUCAGAAAAACUGAAGGUAGUUUCAGAAAUACAUUCCACACUCAGUCAACAGACUCACUUAGAGAAAACCACCUUUGUGCCUCAGAGCCUGAGCUCCUCAAAACCCACAAAUACACCAUCAGCCAAAUCACCAGAGCAACAUUUACACACUCUGACACACACUCCAUCAAAUGCAGAAGACCGUAGGUUAGACAGCAGAAGCACACACGACACACACACACAAAUUACAGUCAAGCCCUGCCUGGAGAGGACAGAGCCACUGGCUGCGAGUGCAUCUUUGGCCGCAGGUGAAGCCGGGGGCUCGGGUGGAUGGUUGUCCGGUGACGUGCUACUUCAUGCCUGCUGUGAGAGGGCCAAGCAGCUGGAGGUGUGUCUGGAGAGAGCACAGGUCAGUCUGGAGGGGUCGAGACAGCAAGCACAGGACGCAGCCAUGCAGCAAUGCAUUGAACAACAACUUCACAACUGCCAGACAAUUCUUGUGGAGAUUGAACAGAGAAUCUCCAGUCUUCCUGUGUGUGGAUUGAAAGAACAGGAGCAACAUGAGGCUGAAUCGCUCAACACCAAACUCCAGCUGCUGAAGAACAGACUGGUGACAGUCCAGUUACAGCUGCAAGAGAGACACGGCGAAGAUCAGGUGCAUGUUGAGAGUCAGCGCCCCCUGCAGGCCAGGUUGACGCGCAGCAGCAGUGUGCAGGAGAUGUUGAGUUCUUCCAAAACCAAACUGUUUAGACAGAGCAGCCUUCAACAACAAAGGGAACUGGAGCAUGGAUUGAAUGAACAGAAGGAUCUAACUAAAGCUAUUGCAAUUCAAGGCAGCAGAGCCCAAACACAGAGCCAGAGCACAGAUGAACAUGCAGGCCCCUCACCAGCAAAUGAAGAUAAAAGACAGGAAGUAGAGUUAGCAGCAGUCCACAGGAAGUGGACACACCUCUGCAGCAGAUUGACCAAGACAGCAGAGACAGAGCAAGGUGGAGAUAAAGAUCAGGAUCCAUCUGAGAUCCUCGCUCCAUCUGUGUGUUUGUGGACUGGAGCUGCUGUUUCUUUCUGUCUCCAGGAGAUUCAAUCCAACAUCUCACAACUCAAAGAACUGCAAAACUCAGCAGUUACAAAGGAUCAAUCUCUGGAUGAAGGUCUAUUUGAGGUGUUGAGUGGAGUGGAUCUCACGCUCAACUCUCUCACACACACUCUUAUGUUUCAGCCAGCAACCUUAAACACUGAAAUAUUAAACCAAUUAGAGCAGCUACAGGGUUUAUCUGCAGAGCUGAUCUCCUUGGGUGCCAUAUUGACCUCCCAGGGGUCAGAGGUCAUAAAGUUGUUAGGUUUGGGUUCAGCGAUAUCAGAGACCUCCACUUGUUUUGACCUGCUGAGGCAGUGUGUAUGUGACGUUCAAAAGACUCUCGCUGAUAAACAGGAGCAGCUACAGGAACGAUUAAAACACACGACUCAGCUGCAGAAGAGAGUGAAAGACCUGCAUGACUUAAUACUAACUAAUGCGUCAAUCCUUCACCCUACAACUAAUGGAGAAACCCACUAUGACCUUCACACACAGCUGCAGGCCAUCACUGGAUGGAAACGGGAAGUGGAGCAGAGUGAGAGAAAGUUGGCAGAACUUAAAGAAGAAACAGAGAGUCGAGAUCAGCCCUCGUCCCUCACACAGCAGAUCAGCACACUGGAGGCGGUAUUGGAGAGUGUUUGGAGUGAUCUAGAGCAGCGCUGUGGAGUUGUGCAGUGGAGUCUAGAUGAGCAGAAGAUGAGUGAAAAAAUCCUGAAGGGUCUGCAGAUGCUUCUGACGAUUGGAGGAGAGAAACUCACCUGCACCUCUCAGCUGGAGUUCAGGAAUCCAGCACAAAUACAGACACACCUCAACACACACACGGCGUUUUUCCUGUCUCUGGGUGCCCACCUGAGGAGACUGCAGCAACUGAGUGUGUGGAUGCCAGAUAGCGCCGCCUCUGGCUGGGAGACUGAAGUGUCUGAGGUUGAACGUCAAGUGUCCAGUGUCCUGCAGCAGGCUCAGGCUGUUGGCACAGUGCUGCACUCAGGGCUGCAGGUUUGCACUCACUGGGAUGAAAAUCAGUCCUGGUUAGAUACGCUUCUGCAAAGGUUAGAGACUCAACUUCCCAUAACACGUCUGCAGGACCAAACUGAGGAGCAGCUCAGCGAGAAUAUUUCUGUCUAUCAGAGUGUGCUGGCGGUUCUGGAGAAGAAUAGAGCUCGGAUCAGUCUGGUUCUGGAUGAGGGCCGCAGACAGCAGGAGCAGAUUUCUAGUAGUGAUGUGGGUGUGCCUAUAUGCAUAGUGGGUGUGUCUACAGCAAAACUGGAACAGAGAUUGGCUGCACUUCAAAGGAGGGUGGAGCAAGGACUACCCCCCACCCACCAUCUUAAGAAGCUUUGGAAAAGGUACCAAAACGAUUCAGAGGCUCUGAAUGAGUGGAUGCGACAAGCCAGAGAGCGCCUUCAUACAUGGAGAGAUCACAUGACCACAGCUGAACAGGAACCGGACACCCUCUCCCAUUUUCAGCACUUCACAGAGUUCAUGAAGGAGCUAGAGGUGAAAUCGGCCCUAAAGGCAUCAGUGAUCAGUUCUGGAUCUUUGAUCCUGUUGCUCAAUGAAAGAGAGCAGAACAUUGAGACACAGAAGAUCAGCAGAACCACCAGUGCUCCAAGAACCUCCACUCCCUCUGGAAAUACAACAACCUCUGAAGACCUACAGCCAAGUGAAACUAGCAACCAGACCUCCAUUGUCCUAGAUAACAACCCUGAAGACUCCUCAUCUGUAGAUGUCACCUUACCUUCAGAAACCAAUUUUUCCUCUAUUCAAAACAUCCUCUCAGAAGAAAAUCUUUCUACCACGGAAGAAUCAGAUGGAAAGAUCACAAAUGAAGGUGUUUUCUUUGAGGAACCAACCUCAUCUGUAUUCGAUUUAUCUGUAAAACAAGAGAUGGUUCUGUCCCCAGUUCUUCUGACUCUACAGUCCCAGCUGACUCAGGUGGAGCAAGACUGGGUGGAAAUACAGAAACAUAUUCCUGUCGUCCAACAGGAACUGCAUCAGAGUGUGGUGGAGAGCAUAUCUCCUGAAGGACUGCUGGCUGAUGUGUGUGGCUGGAUUACGGGUGCUGAGAGCAGGUUACAGGCGGCUGAACGAGAGGGUCACAACACCUGUACUGCUGCAGAGUUCACACACCUGCUCAGAACAUGUCAGGGGAUGAAGAGAGAGAUGGCAUGUCAGCAGAUGUCUGUUGACUUUAUUAAUCAGUGUGAGCUGAAGCAGGUUGGUUUUGACUCUCAAACUAGCAGGUACAAACACACUGCAUUUGCUGAAAACCUGGGACACGUCAAUCUGCGCUGGAAAACUCUACAGGCUCACCUGAACACACUGAUCCAACAUGCUGAAGAUGAGGUGAGGAUGUCUGCAGAGCGAGAUAACAAACUACAAAUCCUACAGCGCUGGGUCAAAGGUCAAAAACAAUGGAUGCGAUUGGCUGAAAGACCUAUCAGUCGCUCAUUUGCUGAGAGGAGCCUGAAGGAUUGUGAAGAGCUGGGGGAAAAGUUGAAGUCUAAAUUCUCAGAACUUGCUGAGCUGAGGAAGAGGAGACUUACCACUGAUGAAGAAGACAGGGAUAAAGACUUCCUCUCAAAAGCUCACAAUCUUUCACAAUCUUUGACUGACCUCUCUCAACAGAGUACGGUCCUUGGGGAUACCUUGAAAGAGCUGUGUAAGGUGUGGUCUCAGUUUGAAAGUGGGAGGAGUCAGGCAGUUUUAAACACAAUGAGGAUCUGCCAAUCACUAGAGUACUGCCACGCCCCUCUGCCCUCCCUCUCUGCCCUCCAGAACAACAUUGAUAAGAUACAGGUCUUAAAAGCAGAGACAAAGGAAAUUGACAGCCAGUGGGAGGAUCUUACCAAGACAACAACAAUUCUUAUUGGUGGAAUUAGCCCAGACUCUGCCCAGGUGUUAUCGGAGCACCUAGAAAAAGAAAAAGCAAGGUGGUCAGAGGUGAAGGAAAAGGUCACCCACACCUUGCAGAGGUCACACAGUCUUCUGAAAGUGUGGCAGAGAUACUCUGAUGUGAGACGCUCCUGCUCAGAGCAGCUCCAACAUCUCAAAGAGCAGCUCAACACACACACCAAAACACCCCCUGACAAUAAACUCACACACAGCAUCGCAGAGCUGAAGACUGUAUUACAGAAAUGCUCAGAGACUCUACAGACUGAUUUGAAUGAAGUGCUGGAAGUAUCUAAGGAUCUGAUUGAACAGAUGGUUGAUGAGGAUGCUGUUUACAUCAGAUCAGAAUGCCGUUUGUUAACACGUGGUUACCUGCAGUUAGAACAGACUCUGAAAGGAAGAAUUGAACACAUGCAGGAGGAUCUUGAGCAAUUUCAAGAAUUUGAAAGGUUAUUCCAGUCCCUCGAAACACAAUUGCAGCAGUGGGAAAGCAAGCAACGGAUAGACAGCAAACUCACAGCUAUAUCUCAGUCAGGUCUCAUGGAGGUCAGUUCUCUCUCUCCUGAUCUGGAUCUGAUAAACACACUCAGCUACAGGCUGACCCUCAGUGACCCUGUCACACAGAGGCUUCAGCACCUCAACAGGAAGUGGGCACAGGCCUCUGCACAUGCUCAGGAGAAAUGCAGUGAGUUGCAGGCAGCCUCUCUCCAGCAGCAGAGCUUUGAGCAGAGAUGUGAGAGCUGGCUGGCUUUCCUACAGCGCAUGGAGGACAGUUUGGCUGUAGAAAUCGCAUCAACUUACCCUGGACUAAGAGAACAACAACGAACGCACCAGUGUUUUCAGGCUGAGUUGUCUUUAGGCCAUCAGAUCCUUCACUCUGUGAUCAGUGAAUCUCUCCUCCUGUUGCAGAAGGGAGAUGUGGAGGACAGGAGUGACUUCCUGUUAAAACUGACACAGCUGAGAGAGCACUGGCAGGGGGCGGUGCAGAGAGCAGCUCAACAGCGUGCUCUAGUGGAAGGGCUCAUACAGCACUGGCAGCUUUAUACACACACAAUGCAGAAACUCCGCAAACUCCUCACACUCACACACACACUCUUGUCGCCUGCUGGUCCCACACACUGUAGUGUCCUGCAGUUGCGCCUCUUGCUGAAAGAUCUGAAGCGAACAGAGCUGUUGUUUCAAAGGUCAGUCUCUGCGUCUCUGUGUGUGAUGGAGGUAGGCAGGCAGCUGUUCUCAGUGAGUGACACACAGACGCAGAUGCAGCUGCAGACAGACCUGGCAGCCCUGCAGGAGGAUUGGGAGCAAUGCCAGUGCAUGCUGGGAAAGAGAAAGACUCUCACAUCUGACAUCGUAAAGAAAUGGGAGACCUGUGAGACCAGACUAGCUGAUCAGGUGCAGAGCCUGGAUGAGGUACGAGCCAGACUGAAGCAGUCGAUCCCAGAUCAGCAGGAGGAGAUGGAAGAGGAACGCCUCCUUGUGAAGGAGGUUCAGGAUUGUUUAGAGGAUUGGGCCGUCAGUCUUUCCGAGCUCAGCACCAUGAAGACGGACCUGUCCCAGUACAUCCUCACUGAUGACGUCCUUCUCCUGCAGGAGCAAGUGGACCAUCUGCACUGCCAGUGGGAAGAGCUCUGCCUCAAAGUGUCACUUCGUAAGCAGGAGAUUGCUGAUCGACUGAAUGCCUGGAUCAUUUUCAAUGAGAAGAAUCGGGAGCUGUGUGAAUGGCUGACACAGAUGGAAAACAAUGUGGCACACAGUGCUGAGCUGAGCAUUGAGGAAAUGGUGGAGAAACUCAAGAAGGAUUGUAUGGAGGAGAUCAACCUCUUUAGUGAGAAUAAGACACAUCUGAAACAGCUGGGAGAACAACUCAUCACUGCUAGCAACAAAACCAAAGAAACAGACAUCAAUGACAAGAUCAAGGACAUCAAUGACCGCUGGCAGCAUCUGUUUGAUCACAUCGAGGCCAGGGUGAGGAAGCUGAAGGAGACGCUGGUGACAGUGCAGCAGCUGGAUAAGAACAUGAGUAAUCUCCGUACCUGGCUUUCCCGCGUUGAGGGUGAACUGGCCAAACCCAUCAUUUACAGCAUCUGCCACAGUGAUGAGAUACAGCGCAAACUAGCAGAGCAUCAGCACUUCACGUCUCAACGUGAAGACUUUGAAGGAACACGGGAGGGGAUUCUGGUCUGGCUGACUGAAAUGGACCUUCAGCUCACCAAUGUGGAGCAUUUUUCGGAGAGCGAUAUCCAUGAAAAGAUGCGUCAACUAAACGCAUUUCAGCAGGAGAUCACUCUAAACACAGAUAAGAUCGAUGCUCUGAUUGUAUUUGGAGAGAACCUGAUCCAGAAGAGUGCUCCACUGGACGCCGUACUCAUUGAAGAUGAACUAGAGGAGCUGCACUCAUACUGCCAGGAAGUAUUUGGCAGAGUCGCCCGAUUCCACCACCGUCUUAUCAGCAGACGCCCAGUGCGUGAGGAGGACCGAGAGUUCUCAGACAGAGACACAGAUCCAGAGGGCUCGGCUGAUUUCAGUGGGGUGUGGGAGAGGGAGGAGGAAGAGGAGGCUGCGAUGAGUUCUGAUGUUUCUCUAACAGUACGCCAGGCCGUGUCCCAGCUGAUACCACCUGCUCUAGAGCGCUCAGGGCGUGAGACCCCCGUCAGUGUGGAUUCAAUCCCACUGGAGUGGGACCACACCGUAGAUGUGGGUGGAUCUUCAUCUCCAGAGGAUGAUGAGGAGUUGACGUUCUACAGCGCCCUAUCAGAUGUAGAAGUCACUGAGAGCUCUCAGUCAUUUAUUAAAGCUACAUCUAAAGCUCUGAAGGCUGUGCCCGGGGGAAGGUCAGUGGUGGAGCCGUGGCACUCUUCUGAUGCGCCAGACAGGAAGCGAGCAAACAGAGAAAUCAUACGCAGUCUCACAUCUUCACCCACUGACACCAGCGCUCAGUACCACCCACAGGCCUAUGAUAAACUCAUGUUUGAGUGUGCUGGUAGUAUAGACAGUAUAAAGCGAGUGAAACUGAUUCUGUGCGAGGAAGAACAACUGGACGAUCAUGGUUUGACGGCACUCUCUGCAGCUGAUAAGACGGGUGUGAUCGAGCGAUGGGAGCUCCUGCAGGUUCAGUCAUGCAGCGUGCCACAGGAUCUUCAGCAGUGGCACAAACUCAACUCUGACCUCACUGAUGUCAUGGCAUGGCUGGACACUGUGAUGCCUGAGCUAGAGAAGCUUCAAACUCUAGAGCCAAAAAUCACCAUCAGAGACAUGGAGAGCAAUAUCCACAAACUAAAGGACAUGCAGAGGACUUUUAACGGCUACAAAUCAGUGAUGAUUGGUGUUAAUCUCAGUGGUCGGGGCUUCCAGCACGGAGACAGCGCCGAACUACACGAACUGCGUGAGAAUCUGCAGGCAGCCAAUCAGAAAUGGACACAGGCCUGUGCGGCCCUAGACAGCUGGGAACACCGACUGCAUCAAGCACUCAUGGAGUGCCAGGAGUUUCACGAGACUCUUCACUCUCUGCUGCUGUGGUUAGCUAAAGCAGAAAGCCAGCGCUACAUGGUCAACAUCCAUGACCAAAACACAGACCUUAACAUCCUGCAAGAGCAUCGAGACACGCUCAAGGCUGUUCAGCAGGACUUACAGUCUCGUGAGAGGGAGGUGCACUGCCUGCAGGAGAUCUCCUCACAGAUCCUGCUACAGGACCAGGGAGAAGACACUCUGGAGGCCAAAGAGAAGGUUCACGUCAUCAGCAACAAGUUACGACUGUUGAUCAGACAGAUUGCACACGAUCUACACACGCUUCAAAGCAGACUGGACUCAGCUGAUCCAAAUGUAGGCAGGACAGCAUCAACACAACAGCAGGAAGCCGCAGGAGUUCAGGCUGUUACACGGGGAUCUCCUGCGAGUGUCAGGGCUGACAAGUCUGAUUCGUCCCCAGCGAGGCCGUUCCUGUAUCGUGUCCUACGAGCAGCUUUUCCCCUCCACAUCCUCUUCCUGCUGCUGCUGGUUGUGGCUUGUCUGGUGCCUCUCUCAGAGGACGACUACAGCUGCACUCUCUCCAACAACUUUGCCCGAUCCUUUUACCCCAUGCUCCUCUAUACCAACGGACCCCCACCCACAUGAGAACUACACGUACCCUUCACUAACACACAGCCAUAGCUCAUUCAGUAGAGGAAAUGGGGCGUAGUCCAAGCCUCCCGGUUUACUCUCCUGUAGCAGAUCCUGUAGCUCUGAUUAAUCUGAGUGAAAGCCCUUGUGUUUGGGAUUCAGUAGAUUGUCCUGCAACAAUCAAAUCUUGUUCCUGGAUCCGAGGACUGUUGCACAUGGAGAGUGAUUUUUUCUGAAGCAGUCCAAAACUUUCCUCAUGAUGUAUAUUUGUAUUUUUAGAGAACGGCAAGGACUCCUCAUCAAAGGUGCACUCAUUUUUUAAUUGUAAAGUAUGUAGCAGCACAUUCAUUGAAACAUUGAAAUACUCUUUCACACAAAUGUAUUUAUUUUUGACAUAUAAAUGACAUAAUUGAACCCUAUAGGCUUUGAGUCGGCCUGUAUUGUUUAACUAGAAGCCCUGAGCUGUCUGAGUGAUUGAACUUGCUUGAAUAUUAGUUAGAAUAUUGUUUCUAGGAGUCAGUGUAAAAUGACUUGCAAUGAUGAAUAAAUUUUAUUUGUAGCUCUCUUAGCUACCAUUUUCUUGGUCAAAGCCAUGGAGGAGAGACACAAAGAGGCAUCAGGGUGUGUGCAAAUGUUAUGUUUAAUUUAUUCAGCCUAAAGUUUGGUGGCUGUGUUGUUUUUAUGUGUGUGUGUGAAUAUUGUAAAACUAUUGAAAUUAUUUAAUUAUAAUUGGUAAAUGAUCUCAGUGGAGAUAUAAAUUAUAUCUGAUUAUGUUUUAUUGUUUAUAGCUAGAAUUUUUCAGGCAGGAAAAUCUGGUACCCAGAUGUGUUUGUGUCUGGUGUGUUUUGAUGGUAAAGGUGUCUCGUAGAAACACAUUUCAAAAGUAUCCACAUGACUGUAUGUGGCUUUUAUUUUAUUUUGAACCUACAGAAAGUCUGGAGAAAAGCCAUUAGUCACUCUUUCACUCAUACUAACUGCCAAAGUGUCAGAGACGUUGUUUUAUAAUUCAUCACAGUUGCUAAAAUAGUGCUGUUCGUCUUGUUUGAUGUUUUUAAUUGAAUUGUUAUAGUAUAGAUUACAUUAUGGGUCAACUAAAAUAGACUAUGAUAUAAAGUAUCCAUUAAUCACAGAAAACAUUCACUUUAUUAUGAAUUUAUUUUGCAGUAAACCUUGCACUGCCAAUGUCAAACACUGGUUGAAGACAAUAUAAAGAUGUUUGUGUUUUUUUGAGUUUGAAGUCAAUUUUCCUACAAAUAAACAUCGUACAAAUAUGCACGUGUUCACUUAUUUAAUUCCCACAUAUUUAUUUAAUAUGCAGCUGAAUACAAUAAAAUGUAUUUAGUUUUGCUACCUGUAGAAACGUACUGUUGUGUCAGUGUAUCAUCAGUAUAUUCUUUCCUGUUUAAAGCCGGUGUAAUUGUUUUUUUUUUUUCAGUUUAACCAGA